AUGGCGGUGGAGGGCGGCGGCGGCGGCGGAGGAGGGGGCAAGGUGUCGUUCCAGGUGAUCCUCACCUCCGACCCCAAGCUCCCCUUCAAAGUGUUCAGCAUGCCGGAGACGGCGCCCUUCACUGCGGUGCUCAAGUUCACCGCCGAGGAGUUCAAGGUCCCGCCCCAGACCAGCGCCAUCAUCACCAACGGUACGCCCCCCGCCCGCGUCCCUCCGCGCCAGCGUUGCCGCGUCCUCUCGUGGGAUCUCGUUGAUACUGCGGUCUUCUUGGUUGCUCUGAUGCGAACUACAGCAUCCUUCACAAGGGUCUAG